AUCCCGAGGCAUGGGUUGUGGCACUCGAAGAAGCCUCGUAUAUAAGGAACAGAAACCGCGGAGGAGCAUCACACUCAUCACCAACACAGAAAAGAUGUCUCGCGGAUCGUGGAUGGCACCUUUGGCACUGCUCGCAGCCCUGGUCUCGGGGUCGCUGGCAGCUGACCUCGCCGGGCGCUUUGUCACCUUAGGGAAGUGCCCUAAUAUUACGAACAAGGCCGAUUUUGAUGCCGUGCCUUAUCUCGGCCGUUGGUAUGAACAGGAGCGCUAUGACAUUGUCUUCCAGUCAGGCAUGGACUGUGUCAACGCCAUCUAUAGCGACAUGGGUAAUGGCUACGUCGAAGUCCACAACACCGCCAGGACAUCCUAUGGUGACUUCACUGACAUCGUUGGGCAAGCUCAUGUGGUGGAGCCUGGCGUCCUCCUCGUCGAGUUUGGCGGAUGUGAGUCAAUGGGUUAUUUAUGUAUCAUCAUCGUCAUGAAAUAUGUGUUAUUGAGGAUUUGUAUUAUGUGUUAGCGUCAACGUAUUGUGUGAGUAUUGUUAUCGUAAUGUGUUAUG